UAGUUAUUUCUAAGUUGUAGUCUUCCUACAGGCAAGUAAACAUGGACCUUGUAAGCAUUCAUUCUUUCCCAACUUCUCUGCUCAACAACACCAACCAAUUACACAGCCAUGAAUUUCUAUAAUCAUGCAGUCGCAAUUGCUAUGAUAUUUAUCUGCUUCUUCAUCACAUUCACAUCUUCUUCUAGCAAUGAUCCAAUAAUUACUCACUUCACAGACGAUGUUUCGAUCAACUGCGGCUCAUUUGGUUCCUCUCAAGCAAGCAAUAAUGGAAGGGAAUGGAUCGGAGACGUAAAUUCAAAACAUUCUUCUCUACUACAAAUAAAAGGAUUAUCAACCACUUCAACAGUUGUCCAUAAGUUGAGUAUCUCUGCUGAUCCAGUUCCUCACAAGACCGCACGUGUUUCUCGAACCCGAUUCUCCUAUGCAUUUCAACUGAGCCCAGGUCAGAAAAUUCUCCGUCUUCACUUUUAUCCGGCUCCGUACAAAGGAUUUAAAGGGUUCAAGGAUUUAUUCACCGUUGAAGCUGGUGAAUUUACCUUGCUCGGUAGCUUUAGCCCUUCACUUAUUGCUCGUGCUCUUGGUGUGAAUUUUUUCGCUAAAGAAUUCUGUUUCAACAUAGAAGAACAUCAACUGUUCAACGUGGUUUUUUCUCCCGAAAGUAGUCAUCAAUCAGUAGAUGCAUAUGCUUUUAUAAAUGGCAUUGAGAUCAUCUCGGUGCCUGCCAGACUUUCGUACUUCCAUGGUGGAGAUUACGACACUGCACUUGAAGUAGUACACCGGUCGGAGAUCAAACCAAAUCCGGCCCCAUUUGAUGGAGAUUCGGACAAUAUAUUUCCUAAGUGGGCAACCCGAAAAGAAAAUGAGAGAGAAGACAACACCUGGAAAAUAUCGGUGGAUGUGGGAUUCAGGUACUUGAUCAGGUUUCAUUUCUCAGAGCUGGGAUUCAAGAUUGCAGGGAGAGGUGAUGUGUCGUUUAAAGUGUUUGUCAAUGAAAUGAUUGCUCAGACUACUAUCGACAUUGUAAAAGGAAGUGAUGAAAACAGCAUUCCCCUCUAUAGGGACUACACGGUGAUGAUGAGAGGCCACAAAAACGAAGGUAAACGUAAUCUCCUGAUUUCUCUACAGUUGUGUGAUGAACUUAUAGAUGUUCGUGGACUACUGUCACAUUUAGAGAUAUUUAAAUUGAGCAAUCCUGACAACAAUCUUGCUAGCCCGAAUGCUUUGCCUUCGGCUUUGGACUCGUCAUCACAGACUCGACAAACUUCUUUCUUGAACACUAACAUUGGCAGUAAAAAUGUGAUCGCAGCUAUUGCAAUAGCUGUAGUUUGUCUGGUAAAUGUUAUUGUUCAUAAGUUUUGCGUAAUUUGGGAAACUAGAAAUAUUGUGGAGGAAAACAAGCCAUCAGCCAGGGCUGAACAACUCUGUCGCCGCUUUUCGUUAACUGAGAUCCAAUUAGCCACCAGAGAUUUUAGUAGUGGACUUGUAAUCGGAAGAGGUGGAUUUGGUAAAGUGUACAAAGGCCUCAUUGAUAAUGGACAAGUAUUUGUUGCUGUGAAGAGGCUGAAACCAAAUUCUCAUCAAGGGUCGCACGAGUUUCUGACCGAGAUUGAAACACUUUCAGAGCUCCGACAUGUGAAUCUAGUUUCUCUAAUUGGUUACUGCAAUGAUCAUGGAGAAAUGAUUCUUGUUUACGACUUUAUGGCUGGAGGAACACUUUCUGAUCAGCUCUAUAAACUCGAAAGGGGUGGCUAUAGUUGUUCUUCGCUCACAUGGAAGCAGCGUCUUGAUAUAUGCAUAGGAGCUGGUCGUGGACUGGACUAUCUUCACACGGGCAAUGGAGUCAUACAUCGAGACGUAAAACCUUCAAACAUCCUGCUAGAUGAGAAUCUUGUAGCUAAGGUUGCUGAUUUUGGCUUGGCCAAAACUGAAGACAGGAGCAAUUUACAUAGCCAUAUUAGCACAAAAGUAAAAGGCACAUAUUGGUACAUGGACCCACAUUAUCAUAAGACCUCUGAACUGACGAGGAAAAGCGACUCGUAUUCCUUUGGGGUGGUGUUGUUGGAAGUAUUAUGUGGGAGACCGGUAUUGGAUUCAAGGGCACAAGGGGAAGAGCGGAUUCUGCCCAUUUGGGCUCGAUCUAAAAUUAGUGAGGGGAAAGUUGAUCAGAUUGUGGCUUCAAGUCUCAGAGAGGAAAUUUCAGUAGAUAGUUUGAAGACAUUUGUUGGAGUUGCCGAAAGAUGCUUGCACGAUGAACCCAAGAAUCGGCCAACAAUGUCCCAAAUUGUGCUGCAACUUGAGUUAGCAUUGGAGCAACAUGAGAGCAGACAACCUUUGGUACUAAAUGAGAUAGCUAGUGAACAACAAGAGAGCAAAGAAGUAUUGGAGUUAAAUGGGGUAGCAAAUUCUUCUGACGAAAUCGGCCUAUCACGCCAGUCAACAACGGUCUCCAAUAGUGUUGCAGAAAUCACACCUUCUCCAAAAGAACAAAGAAACAGCAAAGUAGUUAGCCUUCCAUCUGGAAAAAAACAUGGGAGAAAAGCCACAAUAAAUAAGCCAUCACGACUUUGGCCGUGGGAUGCGCUUUGGAGCAAAGUUAAAUCAUCCAAGAAAAUUGAGUUAUUGCUAUCAGCCAAAUCUGUUAACAAGGAAACUGCAGAAACUUUUAUGCCUGCAGCAGCAGACAUAAAAGUGUUCGAUUGGGAUACAAUCCUCGCUGGCACAGAGCAAUUCUCCUUUUCAAAUAAAGUUGGACGAGGUGGAUGGGGCACUGUUUAUAAGGCUAUGUUGCCACCUUCAGGACAAUUAGUUGCAGUUAAAAGGUUGUCAACAUCUUCUAGACCAAAAAGCCUCAACAUAUUCAAAAACGAGAUUCUCUUGCUUCCCAAACUUCAGCAUCCGAACAUCAUCAAACUGCUUGGCUAUUGCAUUCAUAAAGAAGAAAAGUUGCUUGUAUAUGAGUUCAUGACAAACUCAAGUCUAGAUUCUUUUAUAUUUGGCAUACACAAGAGUCCCCUUCCAUGGUCCUUACGCUUCAAAAUCAUAACGGGCAUUGCUCAAGGAGUUGUUUAUCUUCAUGAAGAUUCAGGACUAAGAGUCAUCCACAGACAUCUUAAAUUAAACAAUAUUUUGCUCGACUUUGAUAUGAGUCCUAAAAUUUCCGACUUCACCAUAGCUAGAACAUUGACAGAACAUCAAUGUACGUGUGAACUGAAAACCUCAAUAGUUGGGACCAUUGGCUAUAUACCUCCAGAAAUCUUUACGGGAGGUACGUUUUCAGUGAAGUCGGAUGUUUACAGUUUCGGAAUCAUAGUCUUGGAGAUGGUGAGUGGCAAGAAAAGUUUCAAUGCAACUUAUAAAGAACCCAUGGAGUUCCCUCUUCACUAUGCGUCGAAGUUGUGGAAAGAAGGGAGGCCAUUAGAGAUGGUAGACAAAUCACUUUUUGGGGUAUUUUUGGCUGAUGAAGCUCUGAGAUGCAUUCAAGUUGGUCUUUUAUGCACCCAAAACGAACCAAAGUACAGACCGACUAUGCCUUGUGUGCUCAAAAUGUUGCAAGGGCAGGACCUAGAAAUGGAGCUCCGUGUCGAGCAAAGGCCACAAAUAGAUGAUGAUGAUGAUGAUCUGUCGAGCGACAGUUUCAAUGCCGAUGAUGGACUUGUGACUAAUGCAACAUUUGAACUUGAUGACACGCUCGAGAGAUAGUAAAAUAUUGAUCGGAGAUGAUAAGUUAUUUGUGAUGGGAUCUCAUACCCUGCAAGAGUGAAAUACACAGGGCUCUUUGAUUGAAUUGAGGAAAAUAGUAGGCAAAAUAGUGAAAUUAUUUUGUAGAAUUCAGUUUUUUUGUUUGAUUUAUAGAUAGAAUGACAAGUAUUUGUCAGGGGCUUUUUGUAAUUAAGCCAAAAUUCAGGGGGGAUUUUGUAAUUUAGACCCAUGUGAAAAAGAAAAAAAAAAUUAUUACUGCUUC